AACAGAAAUCUAAAUCAAACCGUGUUGUUGAGCUGUUACCAUAAUAAACCUUUCCUUGUUUUCCUUUUUAUUCCCAUUUCAAAUUUCAAUCUACACUUUCUAAGUCAAAAAAAAAAAAAAAAAAAAAAAAAAAAACCCAUUAUGCAAGCUGUAAAUCAAUUCAAGCAAGAAGAACCUUUGUAGUUGUUGUUGUACUCAUCUUCUUCCAACUUUAUUAGUCUUGUACUACCACCACCACCUCACUCUCUCUCCUCUCUCUCUCUACACUUUCUCUCUCUAAAAAACCCAGUUCAAAACAUCCCAAAAACACAAUGCUGACACAAAUCUUGAACAUUUAACAAACAUCAACCUUUGAUCUAUGAUCUUUGAUCUUUUGCUUCAAAGUUUCCACCUUUCCUUCAAGAUUCAACAAACCCAUGACGGCGCCGUCGUUCAACUGGUGGCGGAGCGACAGACACCAUGGAACUCCGGUGGUGGUCAAAAUGGAAAACCCUAACAACUGGUCAAUGGUGGAGCUUCAAUCCCCAACAGAAGAUGACUUCUUAAACGACAACGUUUCAAAGGGUCACAACAAAAAUGCCAAACAACUCACAUGGGUUUUACUCCUCAAAGCCCACCGUGCCGCCGGCUGCAUCACCUCCAUUGCUCCGGCCACUUUCUUCCUCGCCUCCGCCGUACGCCGCCGCCUCUCCGCCGGCCGCACCGACACUGAAAAAACCGGCAAAACCGGUUCAAGAUUCUACCUUUUUAUAAAAAUAUUUCUCUGGGUGUCAAUAAUAUUAUUAAUCUUUGAGAUUUUUGCUUAUUUCAAAGGCUGGCAUUUCAGGGCUCCGGAUCUUGAUUUGGGGUAUUUGUAUUUGUUAAAAGAUGGUUUUUCGGUGAAGGGGUUGUUUGAUUGGGUUUAUUCGAGAUGGGUUUGGAUCCGGGUCGGGUAUCUUGCACCGCCGCUACAGGUGUUGGCAAAUGCUUGUAUUUAUCUGUUCUUGAUACAGAGUUUGGAUAGAUUGGUGCUUUGUUUGGGGUGUUUUUGGAUCCGGUUUAAGAGGAUUAAACCUGUGCCUAAAGAAAGGUUGCCUGAUCUUGAAUCUGGGGAUAAUGAGGGGUUUUUCCCUAUGGUUCUUGUUCAGAUCCCUAUGUGUAAUGAAAAAGAGGUGUAUCAGCAGUCGAUUGGUGCGGUUUGUAACUUAAACUGGCCAAAAUCCAAGAUAUUAAUCCAAGUUUUGGAUGAUUCGGAUGACCCGACAACACAGUUGUUGAUCAAAGAUGAGGUUCGUAAAUGGAAAAACGAGGGUGUGAAUAUUGUUUACCGACAUAGAGUUAUUCGAGACGGGUAUAAAGCCGGUAAUCUCAAGUCUGCUAUGAAUUGCAGUUACGUUAAAGAUUAUGAAUUUGUUGCCAUCUUCGAUGCUGAUUUCCAACCCAAUCCCGAUUUCCUCAUAAAAACUGUUCCCCACUUUAAGGAUAAUGAGGAAUUGGGACUGGUGCAAGCAAGGUGGUCGUUUGUUAACAGGGAUGAGAAUCUGCUAACACGGUUGCAGCACGUUAACUUAGCAUUCCAUUUUGAAGUUGAACAACAAGUGAAUGGGAUUUUCUUGAACUUUUUCGGGUUCAACGGGACGGCAGGAGUGUGGCGGAUUAAGGCGUUGGAGGAGUCCGGUGGGUGGUUGGAGAGGACCACCGUCGAGGAUAUGGACAUUGCCGUUAGAGCUCAUCUUCAUGGAUGGAAAAUGAUAUUUCUCAAUGAUGUUGAGUGCCAGUGUGAAUUGCCUGAAUCAUAUGAAGCUUACCGGAAGCAACAACACAGAUGGCAUUCCGGGCCAAUGCAAUUGUUUCGUCUAUGCUUGCCUGACAUCAUCAAAUCAAAGAUUAGCAUUUGGAAGAAAGCAAACAUAAUAUUCCUUUUCUUCUUACUACGAAAACUCAUCCUACCAUUUUACUCAUUUACCCUCUUCUGCAUAAUCCUCCCAAUGACGAUGUUCGUACCCGAGGCUACCCUCCCGGCUUGGGUCGUCUGUUACGUCCCCGCCACCAUGUCGAUUCUCAGCAUCCUUCCGUCCCCAAAAGCAUUCCCGUUUCUAGUCCCCUAUCUCCUCUUCGAAAACACAAUGUCGGUAACCAAAUUCAACGCCAUGAUCUCGGGCCUGUUCCAGCUAGGCAGCGCGUACGAGUGGGUUGUCACCAAGAAAUCCGGCAGGUCCUCCGAAGGUGAUCUUGUUUCGUUAGUCGAGUCGAAAGAGAUCCAACAGGCCGUGUCGGAACCCGAUCUCGAGAAACUCGAAGCCGAGUUGAAAGAAAAGGAGAAAAAGAAGAAGCAUAAUAGGAUCUACACAAAGGAGUUGAUGCUGGCGUUUCUGUUACUAACGGCUUCUGCGAGAAGUCUUUUAUCGGCUCAAGGUAUCCAUUUCUACUUCUUGUUGUUUCAAGGGUUGUCGUUUUUGCUCGUGGGGUUCGACUUGAUCGGUGAGCAGAUCGCGUCGUGAAAACGUCGAUAGGUAAAUUUACACGAAACGAAAUGAAGAGAGGGUUUUAGUAGAUAUUCUUGAACCCGAAACCAGAGCAGUUAACAUGAUACCACGGUACGAGGAAGUUGUGUAACUUGUGUUGUGGGGAUUGUUUUGUUGUUUUUAUUUGUUUUGGUCAAUUCUUUUGUAUGAAGUGGUUUAUAUAAUGUUUAGCUGAAACUUUAAUCAGUAGCAGUGUAUAUUAUUUAGGGAUUGCUCUUUUUUUCCAAUUCAAAUUCCUUUACUUGUUUCUAAA